AAACUCCCGCCGUGUGAAACGACUUCAAAAGGCGGACAGUCGCCGCCAAGGACCUAUUUUGCGUUGGCCGACGCCGACCGGAUUUUCAAGGCAGCCUACGCAAAGAUUUCAUACAAUGAAAUUAUGAAUACCGAUCUUAGCACUUCUUAUUCAGUUCAAACCAACCAAUCAAACAGCGCUCUAAACCACAUCGACCAAUCAGAAAUCACCAACAACUUCUACGUCACAAACCACUGUGACGUCAUAGAGCCUGAUAGUUACGUCACUUUACACUCCCCAACUUUAUCCGGACUCCACGGGCAAGAAGUUUUUUCGAGCAAAAGCGAGGGAGUGCAGCAAGGCAACCAGAACAGCGGAAUCGCCACCACGACGAGUUAUUAUCAAUUUCAACAUAAAGAAAUGGACUUCCAAAACAGAAGACCUCGAGUGAAGCAAGAAACCGACGUCCAAAUAGGAAUGCCAGACAUGAAUUUGUCUCGUGAACGGAAAACUGAAUUCCAGCCGACAGAUUCCGGUUUUCCGGAGAAUUCGGGCACGCCUACAUCAUACCAACAACCUAAUUAUCCAUACUACUUCCAAUUUCCGGCUCAAAACGAAGUGCGACACCCUGAGGAAUUCGGAAGAAGCACAAUUCACCACCAGGAGCCGUACCAGCAAGAAAGAGCACAGGAAAUACCAUUUGUGAACAUUAAAGUCGAAGAAGAAUCAGUCGAAAAAAUGGAGGAACUGAAUCCAGCAAGCGAAGCAGGCGGCAGUGAAGGCGAAACCGACAAGAAGAAUAACAAGAACACAAAUAACAACACAGACACAGAGAAAUCUAGUCCAGGGAACGCAUGUAGUGACGAUGCAGAUGGCGACAAAAGCAAAAGACGACAACGCAGACAGAGGACACAUUUUACUUCACAACAGCUACAAGAAUUGGAAGCAUUAUUCGCACGAAACAGGUAUCCUGAUAUGUCAACGAGAGAAGAGAUAUCAGCUUGGACAAACCUUACCGAAGCACGAGUCCGGGUCUGGUUCAAGAAUCGUCGCGCAAAAUGGCGAAAGCGGGAACGGAAUCAACUUACCGACUUCAAAGGGUUCGGUCAAUUCAACAGCUUCAUGUCCCAUUAUGAUGGCUAUUCAUACAACAACUGGGCAAGCACUAUGACCGCCGGUACCAAGGCUUUCCCAUGGGGUAUUAACGCCGGGUUAAAUCCACUGACGACCCAACCGGCUCUCGGUUUUCCUUCAGCGGCCCCAAUGCCGAGCAGUAUAGCUGCAAACACUGUUAUGCCCACAAUGAGCAUGAGCAACGGGUUAUCCGGUCUCGCUUCCGGGAGCUCUGUCACCUCCCCUGGAUGCCAUUAUAACCCACCAGCGCCAGGGUACAUGUAUAGAAGCGGCACUGAUCCAUGCGCGUCCUCUUUAACCUCUCUACGCCUCAAAGCUAAACAGCAUAAUCCUGUAAGUCCAUACAUUGGAUACCCCGCAGUAAGAGACCCGUCUGCGUUUCCCCCUUGUCAGUAUGGCCCCACAUCCUAAACUACACGAAUACGGCUAGGUCAAAAUCAUCCCAAUCCGAAUUCUAACAUUUCGGGUCGAAAAGUACAAUCUAUUUAUUACAAGUUCCUGUUGGUCAUCUUCUGAUCAGUCACCACAGAGCAGAUGGGCUAAUAUGUGUUUGCAGUUAUGUGAUCGUGAUUAUGAAAUGCAGUCAUGUUCCUUCGUAUGUCGUGUAUAUAUCAUUGCAAAAGAAGCGAUUUUGGCGACGCAUUAUAAUGGUGUUGCUGCCCAACAGUCGGGAUUAUUUAGCGUCGUAAUAUUGAUGUACUGUUAACUUGAACUUUUGCUGAAUGUGUCAAAACUGAAGUUUCUGCUGAAAAUCAUCAAAUAAAAUUAAUCCUUCAUA